AAAUUCUACAACAUAAACCUCUCUUACCAUAUUUGGUUAGGGCUUUUUUUGAGAAGGAAGCAGAGGAGGGAAGUAAAGCUUCGCGCCAUAACCCGUCAGAGUCUACACUCAUCAAAGUUUCUUUAGGCAUAUCUACAAUGGCGGACGACGACUAUAAUGACAUGGAUAUGGGAUAUGAGGAUGAGCCACCAGAGCCUGAGAUUGAAGAAGGAGCUGAGGAGGAUUUGGAAAACAAUAACAAUGAUGACAUUCCUGUAGAACCUAUUGAAACCGAGGAAAAAGAAGACCAGGAUAGGAAAGACAAAACUACUCGCAAAACAUCAAAGUAUAUGACCAAAUAUGAGCGCGCUAGAAUCUUGGGUACCCGCGCCCUGCAAAUCAGUAUGAAUGCUCCAGUUAUGGUUGAGUUGGAGGGUGAGACUGACCCACUUGAGAUUGCCAUGAAGGAGCUUCGAGAGCGGAAAAUACCCUUCACCAUUCGACGCUACUUGCCUGAUGGAAGCUAUGAAGAUUGGGGAGUUGAUGAGUUGAUUGUGGAAGACUCAUGGAAGAGACAAGUGGGAGGCGAUUGAUUAACAAUCAUUUGUUGAUGGAGGAAUAUGAAUGUGUUUUUACUUCUAGAUUAGGUGUGUGAUUGUGGUAUGUAAGAGUUGUAACUCUUAGAUUUGGUCUGUAAAUGUAAAAGGUCCAUUUGCAUGAUGCCUUUCAAACUCCACUAGUAAACUCCUAUAAAACCUGUUCUGCAUUUGACUUCAAAAGACAUGAAUGUGGCUUUUAGUGGCCAUCGAGUAGGAUACAGCCUUUUGAAAUUUGUUGGAGAUGAGUUGUUUAGGAUACAACAAUGAUCUUGUUCUUUUGUAGUAAGACCUGCUCUUGCAGGACUCAACUAUUUGGCUCGUCCUGUAUCAUCCCGGUGACGAGGUAGACAUAAGGUCACUAUAGGUAUCAGGUACCGUCUUGUUUUUCUUAUAUAAUAUUUUCACUACAAACGAUAUUCAUUUUAUUAAUAGCUUGUGGAUGGUUUUUCAAAUGUUU